AUGGCAUUCGAAAGCGCCAAGCGGUUCCUGCGGGAGAAUCACCUGGCGCCCCUGCUUACCAACGACCAGCCGGCCCUGCAGACCCUCAACAAGUGGACCACUGUUGGCACCGCCCUUCAGGUCCUGUCCAGCGCCAACGUGCUGUCCUGCCCCGUCCUGGACGAGGACGGCGAGUACUACGGCUGCCUCUCGGUGAACGACCUGCUGCGGUCCCUUAACGCGACCCUGGAGACCAAGGACCCCGAGUGGACCGAGAAGUUGGAGCAGUUGACGAAGGAAGAGUUGGUGGCGCUGGGCAACGACUUCUGCGCCCAGGUGAGGGGAAGAGGUUACGGCUGA